CCUAAAUCGUAAGUGGCAUCAUCGAAUUGUGAAUUUGAAGACGUAAUUCAGAAACCCCAGGCCAGAAGUCAAGAAUUGAAGAGAGAGAAACACAAACACUAAUUGAUUAUGGGAAAGACUACAUCUUUCAAGGAUGAAUUCACUUUUGAAGAAAGGUCGAAUGAAGCCACAGAUAUGCUUGCCAAGUAUCCUGAUCGAGUCCCGGUGAUUGCCGAAAAAUAUUCAAGAACUGACCUUCCUGUACUCGAGAAGAAAAAAUUUUUGGUUCCUAAAGACAUGUCAGUUGGCCAUUUCAUUCACAUAUUGAGUGGCAGACUUCAGCUUGCUCCUGGCAAGGCACUUUUUAUAUUUGUCAAGGAUACAUUGCCUCAAACAUCUUGUUUGUUGAACUCUGUCUACGAGACAUACAAGGAUGAAGAUGGAUUUCUGUACAUGUGUUACAGCAGUGAAAAAACCUUCGGUGGUGUUGCGACUUUAAUGUGAAUUCUGCUAACUUUGUGCCCCAUGUGACUUAUAAAAUUCUCCAUCAGUUCAUUUCUGUACAAAGCUCUUAGACUUCUCAAACUAAUAUUGUAAAUUUUUCAAACAUGAUUUACUUGAAUCAUUCUCUGUUGCUUGAUGACAUACCAAUGAACUUUCUGUAUGCAUUAAAGCUUUAUGAGCAAAUAAGCUGUUUAUCCUAUUAUGAAAGCAUUGCAGCCUACCAUAGAAUACUGUUCUUUUUCUUGCUUCAAGAAGAGGUGAUGCAACACGCGAUACUCUGGCCUGAUAAUGUGCUGGAUUCUAGUAGCCAUAGACUGUAAGCCCUUGAAGAACGUCUAGAAAAUAAACUUGUCACUACUUUUUGUGCUUAAAA